AUGCAAGGUGCUGUUCGUGGAAGCUUACAGCGUGUGGUGCAUAAGAGAACACGCUGGCUGGUUGGCGUGUUCACAACGCUGCGUUCUUCCAGCAGCGUUGCAACUGGAGCUCCAGCCCCGAAACCGGAAACGUGGCGGGCGUCGAACGCCGAGCGUAGCUAUGGCUUGUUGAAGGACCAGGAUCGAAUCUUCACAAACUUGUAUGGUGAACGAGAUGCUUUCCUAGAUGGCGCACUCAAGCGAGGCGACUGGUACCGUACCAAAGACCUGGUUUUGAAAGGUCGCGAUUGGAUCAUCAACGAGAUCAAAGCCAGCGGUCUACGAGGGCGGGGAGGUGCCGGAUUCCCCACCGGGCUCAAGUACUCGUUCAUGCCUCGUCAGAAUCCGGACGGCCGACCUAACUAUCUCGUCGUAAACUGUGACGAGUCGGAGCCUGGAACUGCGAAAGACCGCGAAAUCAUGCGCCAUGAUCCGCAUAAACUCGUGGAGGGCAUGCUUUUGGUCGGUGUUUCCAUGGGUGCUCGCGCAGCCUACGCCUACAUUCGCGGCGAGUACGUCUACGAGCGUAAACAGUUAGAGCGCGCAGUCCAAGAAGCCUACCAAAAGGGUCUCAUUGGUCGAAACGCAUGUGGCAGUGGCUACGACUUUGAUGUGUACGUGCAUCAUGGAGCUGGGGCGUAUAUUUGUGGUGAGGAAACUGCACUCCUGGAAUCGCUGGAAGGAAAACAAGGCAAGCCGCGCUUGAAACCGCCCUUUCCCGCGAAUAUUGGUUUGUACGGGUGUCCUACCACCGUCACCAACACGGAGACCGUGGCAGUGGUGCCUACCAUUCUACGUCGGGGCAGCUCCUGGUUUGCCUCGCUCGGUCGUAAGAAUAACUGCGGCACCAAACUCUUCAUCAUAAGCGGGCAUGUGAAUAACCCCUGCGUGGUCGAAGAGGAGAUGAGCAUUCCCCUGCGGACGCUUAUCGAGCGCCAUGCUGGUGGCGUACGCGGCGGCUGGGAGAACCUGCUCGCUGUCAUUCCCGGUGGUAGUUCGGUUCCAUUGCUGCCCAAGGACAUCUGUGAUGAUGUGAUGAUGGACUUUGACGCUCUGAAAGAGGUUGGCAGUGGCCUGGGCACUGCUGCAGUCAUCGUGAUGGAUCGUUCAACAGAUAUCGUUGCGGCGAUUCGACGCAUCUCCUAUUUCUACCAGCACGAGUCAUGCGGCCAGUGCACCCCGUGUCGUGAGGGCACCGGUUGGCUCCAUCGAAUGCUGUGUCGCAUGGAGAAAGGCGAUGCCCGAAUCGAGGAAAUCGAUAUGUUGUAUGAGGUCACGAAGAACAUCGAGGGUCAUACGAUCUGUGCGCUGGGUGAUGCUGCAGCCUGGCCCGUGCAGGGGCUUAUUCGGCAUUUCCGACCGGAGCUUGAGCGUCGCAUUCGAGAGGCAGAACGAAUUCGACAGGAGGCACAACAGAACGGUGCUGGUGCCAGCGUGGCCACCGCUUAA